AUGGCCUCUACACUCCUAAAAACCACACCAAGAGCACUGUCGAAAUUGACGCCAUUACAUCAACAACGUCUCACAUCUCUCGUAUCUUUGAACAUUGCUAGGAUGACUACCAGCGGUACUCGAGUUGCUACACUAGAUUCUUCCCUCCGUGACCGCCUCCCUGUCCAAGCCCCUACUCUUUUCGAAGCAAAAGCCGCCAAGAACCUCACCUUCGAAGACAUAGCAAAGCAGCUUGGCCGCAAUGAAGUAGCUGUUGCAGCCAUCUUCUACGGCCAAGCCCAAACAACAUCCGAAGAUGCUGAAAAGCUCGCCGACAUCCUGGGCGUGGACAAGAGCAAGCUUGGGAUGCAGUUGGCAGGCUACCCAUUCCGUGGCCAAGUCAUGGACAUGCCGCCAAAGGAGCCGUUAAUCUACCGCCUCUACGAAAUUGUACAGAACUACGGAUACGCAUACAAAGCCAUAUUGAAUGAAAAGUUUGGAGACGGGAUAAUGAGUGCUAUUUCGUUCUCGACGAAGGUCGAGAAAGAGACAGACAAGGACGGGAACAACUGGGCUAUCAUCACCCUGAGAGGCAAAUGGUUGCCUUUCUCCAGAUUCUGA